AACGAUUACAAUCAUAGCUGUGUCAGUGAAAAAAGAAGAAAAUGUCAUUUAUUUACUUUGUGACUGUGCACUAUUCCGCAGAAGACGUGUAUUGGUAUAGAAAUUCCUUUUCUGGAGUCUCUAGAAUCUCUGACUAGAAUUUUGGUUAAAAUUUUUUAAGUCAGCUAGCAGCAUGUCUUAUAUCUUUAUUUUUUGUGUUUUAUUACACAAAGGUCUACUUUUAUGGGCCUGAGUGAGUUGCGUCUCAUGAGAGACGUGUUGCCACUGGUAUCUACCAUAUAACUAACUUAACUGUUAUAAUUUUAGUUGCAAACUCUACAAUAUGUAGAAGAAGAAAAUGAGUUGGUAAAGCAACAAGAAAAAACUUUGAAGUCAGAAAUUGCUUUGCUGCGUUCUAAAUUGGCAAAUUGUGAAACUGAACUAUUGCAAUGCAAAAAUAAAAUACGUAUAUUAAUGGAUGAUAUUGAGGUGGAGCAGAGAGCUAUCACAAACAAGCAGAAGAAUAAUAGGCAAAACGUGGAGCGUGAUUUCUUAAUGGAAAUGGAGCGUAUACAAAGUGAAAUUGAUUUAGCUAUACAUAAUACAGACACAUCAAAUAAAACUGCAGAAAAUUUAAAAAAAGAAAUAUUAUUAAUCGAAAAUGCCAUAGCUGAGAAAAAACGUCAGGUUGAGCAACUGGUCAAUGAAAUGAAAGAAGUUAAUUUACAAAGUUUAACAGUAACAACAUCGGAAGAGAUCAAACAUUUGUUGGAAGGUCCAAAUAAACAGGGUAGCAGUCGUCGGAUAAUUGGUUCGCCUCGACAACUGGAAAAUGCUGUGCCCACAAGCAAAAAUCCUCAUGGUGUCUGGGUUUAAUUGAAAACAAAUUUCAAAGUUUUUUUUUCAACAAAAUUACCUAAACAACGCAACUAUAUCACUUUAAUAUUUUAACUUUAUAUAAAUAGUACUAUUUCUUGUUAAAAUUUUUUAAAAAUGUAGUUUUAUAUUUAUACACAACGUAGAAAAGUUAAAAAAACGAAAAUAAGACAAAAAUGUAACGAACUUAACUUGGGAACAAACUAGGAAAUGAGUAACAUAUCUACAAAAAACAAUGAAUAUAUCAACAAAUACAUAUGCAUAUGUUUAUAA